GAUGCCUUCGUUGGCGAAAGGAAUUGUGGGUGGGCCGUUUGUGUCCUUGUGUGGACUACUUCUGCCAAGCGCCUUUCUUUAGCUUGCAGCUUUUGAGAACUGUCUUUUCAUUCCUGCUUUUCUAAAAAUUAAAAUUCACUAGGAACCAUGCAGGCUUUCCGAUUGUUUCUGCGUCGCUCUUCCCCUGUACUUUUCAGACAGUGCCGGUCUUAUGCAGAGGUCUCUCCCGCGUCUGCACAACAGAUGUCCUUCACGUUUGCUUCGCCUACACAGGUGUUUUACCAAAAUGCUAAUGUCAAGCAGAUAGAUGUACCAACUCUUACUGGGAUGUUUGGCAUUCUUCCAGCCCAUGUGCCAACUCUACAGGUACUGCGCCCUGGGGUGGUCACAGUGUUCAGUGAAGAUGGGGCAGCAGACAAAUACUUUGUGAGUAGCGGCUCAGUGACUGUGAAUGCAGACUCAUCUGUGCAGUUGCUGGCUGAAGAGGCCUUCCUCUUGGAAAAUUUUGACUUGGCUGCUGCCAAAGCCAAUUUAGAGAAAGCUCAGUCUGACCUAGCCAGUGCUACAGAUGAAGUAUCCCGAGCAGAGGUCCUUAUCAGGAUAGAGACCAAUGAGAGUCUAGUCAAAUCUUUAGAAUAAGAGAAACAUUUAUCCUGUUGGACGCUGUUGGCAUUUCUGGAUAAAGACAUUCACAGUGUCUCUUGCUCAUUGAAGUCGUAUUGUAAAAAAAAAAAAAAAAUACCCAAACCAAAUCUGCACUGUAAAUUAAACCAUUUCCAAUAAAUGUUAA